CAGUCGCCUGUCUAUGCCGAGGCGCAAGGAUACGCUGGCACCGUAGAAGAGCCCAAUACAAAGUUCUCGUUCCCGGUCUAUUUGAGCACGGGCGACUCAGAAUGGAAACGGCUUAUUGGAUUAGGUGCUCGACAAAAAUUCGAUAAAUCAGACUUUCUUGUACGCGAAGACAUGGCCAUGGCUUUGCUGGAACAACCCAUGGAUGUGAGCGUUCGCAUCGUUCCUGUCCGAGCAACAAACACGCAGCAUUUGCGUGAUGGUUUCACACGAUCAUUAUUGCAGCGCAUGCGGGAUCAGGACCUCACUGAAGAUCAAGAACGUGAAAUCAUGCAGGGUAUCCAAGAAUUCAAAAGCACUUUCCCAAGUGGCAAAGUGAAAAAGGGCACCGAGUUCGUCUUUACAAAGACCAAUGAUGGUGGUCUAAAGAUGGAACAUGAGGGUAAGGUUAUGGGUACCGUCAAGAACAAAUGGUUAGCCGUCAAUUUUAUGAUGGGCUAUUUAAAUCCUACUACACCAGCUAGUGAACUUGCAAGACAAGACAUUGCGAAUGGUUUUGAGAAGCUUUUAUGCGACAAAGACUAG